AUGGCGACGCCUAUUCCCCCGGCCUACUUCGAGCUGAGCUGGUCGAUACUCAGCACCAUCGGUGCCGCAAACGUGCUGUUCGGCCUUCUCGUCAUCGGCAUAACAAGCUUUUCGCAGAUCACCAUGGUCCCUAUCGUCUCAUCGGCUGCCGGCUCUGUCGCGAACGGCCUUUGUUUCUACGCCUUUUAUGACCAUAAAUACUCACUCAAGAACAAGGCGACGGCCUCGGCAUUUGGUGAUGUCUUCUGGAUGAUCCAAGAAGUCGGCCUGUCAUUUUACAGCUAUGCCCUUCUUCGGAAAAUCCUAAAGGACAGGAUGUGGAAGGUCUUCAAUACCCUUUUCUGGGCGGCAGUUCUCGCCAUCGUCGCUAUCCGGUCCAUGAUCGCCUUAUCACGCGUCAGAUACAUCCUCAAAGGCAACACCGAGAUACAAGACACCGUCAACAGCCUUCACGUCAGCUAUUUCGUCCUCAUUGCCUCGCUAGAGUGCCUCAGCGCCUUCUUCCUGCUCAAGACGUUUAUCCAAGUCAAAUCAACUUCGGAUAGGGCAGCCUUGAAAGCGGGAUUUUUCAAGUAUCUGAUGCGCAGUACCGAGGUUCGCCUUGCCACGCUGGCCGUUUUGGGAACGAUGAGAGCGGUCACGUACUCCUUCCAGAUGACGGCUCAGAGCGCGACAAAUGUAGCCAGUCAACUCGACCGCUUCGCCUACGCGCUGGAGUGCCUCUUCCCGUCUGUCAUGUUGUAUGCUGUCUCCUGGUUCGAUCCUAGUUAG